AUGCCGGCAGCAUCAGUUACAGCGACUUCGCGGCUCAAAAAGGACUAUCACAAGUUGCUCAAGUAAAGAAAUACAUUUUAUACCUUUUUAAAACCGUUUUUUUUUCUAAAGAGAGCCAGUGCCUUUCAUGAAAGCUGCGCCUCUGGAAAACAAUAUCCUGGAAUGGCACUAUGUCAUAAUGGGCGCUCCAAAUACUCCGUACGAAGGUUUUAUUUCCUGUUCUAACGGCAAAUCAUCAUUUUCUGAUAGGAGGAGUUUACCAUGGAAAACUUAUUUUUCCGCCCGACUUCCCAUUCAAGCCGCCGUCGAUCUACAUGAUGACUCCAAACGGCCGAUUUCAGGUUUUUUUCUGCUCUUAACCCGUUUUGUUUUCGGAAUUUUCAGCGUUAUCUGAUAGGAAAAACUGAAAAUUAAAAGUUAAUCGCAGUGGAAAAUUUGUUUGAAGUAAAAUGAUGUAUACGUCAGGAAGUCCUUGGAAAGAAAAAAAAAACCUUUUUGAAUUUGUCGCUCAUAUUUUUCUAACUAAACACUUUUCUUAUCUUUCAAUCUUAAAAAUUGAGAUAGAAAAAGUUAUUCUUUCAAUGAAGUUUUGUGGAAGGCCGCCAAUUGGGCAUUCAGGGCGAUUUUCCAGAUUCUGGUCAAGAAUAUAAACUGCUAAGAAGACUUUUUUUAGGUCAACACUCGGCUGUGUCUCUCGAUAUCGGACUAUCAUCCAGACACGUGGAAUCCCGCAUGGACAGUUAGUACAUAUUAUAACCGUAAAGCUGAUUUUCGAAACUCAGGUCUCCACAAUCAUCACAGGACUCCUGUCUUUCAUGAACGACAACCAACCGACGCUCGGAAGUGUCUCCGUCGGAGACGAAGAACGAAGAAAGCUGGCUCUUCGCAGCAAAGCCUUUAAUCUCAAGGUUCAAUUUUUGUGUUUAAAGCCGAUUUUUGGCUAACUAGGGACGCUGAAAGCGAGGUAAUAUAACUUCGUGGUUGGGAAUUUUCCGGCAGUUUGCAGGACAUGUGCCAGAAAAAAGUACUAUAAUGAAGUUAAUUUAUAGUUUAGGUUCUGAAAAUUUUUUAUAAAUUUUCGGAACUUGCUAGUUGCCAGCAAAGCAAAGAAGUUUCUAUUUGCAGAAUUCAACGUUUUGUUCGUUGUUUCCCGAAGAAGCCGAGAAAAUCCGCAAAGAGCUGGAGUUACUGUCGGCAGUCAGUGAGGAGGCUAGCCAGCGAGAGCAAGAAGAAAAGAACAAAUCCAAGUUGGUUUCAUUCCCUGAAGUCACUCUUAUCUGCUAAAAUCGAGGUUGAACUUUUGCCAUUUUUUUAGCUGGUGAAAACUUGUAUACGUGUUUUAUUGCAAAACAAGGAAAUUUUCAUAAUUAUAGACAUUCCCGUGAGACCGUAGGUAUGAUAAGGAAAAAUUCCAGAAUACGUAUUUUGAACUUUUUUUCAGGGGCUCAAGGCUCGAAAAAAUUCAAAAAUAAGCCAGGCGAUGUUUUUGAAAGUGAAAAGGAAUGUUUUGAAAAAUCAAUUUUCUCCAAAUUCAAAAAAAUUUAACUUUGAGAAAAGGUUCAUAAGUAGAAUCCCAAAUACAGGUAUAAAGUCGAUUGAAACGAGCAGAGUUCAAGUUUCUGGUAUAUUUUGUAUGUUUCCCGUGUUUUUCUGUGUCUGUCAGCGGCCUUCUUCAUGAAUCACGAAGUCAAUUCAGAAAUGCGGCCGACGCUUCCGCGUCUUCGGGACUUAGCUCGUUCGUUUCGAACAUGUUUGUUGUUGCAGGCGUGGUGCUACUUGCGUUUGCAGUUAGAUAUGUCAUUCAAGCCGCAAAUGAUCACGAUUCUAACUCUAAGUGAUUUCUUCUCUCCUCUCCAUUUUGCGGCUUUCUCCUUCAAGUUCUGUUUCUUUAUUUUUCUCUCCAUUUAUGCUUCUCAUUUCGCAAAAAAAUUGUAUAAUAGACGACUGUGAUUUUUCUUUUCCAAAUUUACCCGGCUCUCGUUUUUCAACUCGCCUUUUCGGUGUCUUUUAUAGUUGUAUAGCUUUCAAACAAAAUUUUUCACGGCAUGUUAUUUGCUUGGUCCAUUAGUUCUUAUCCACUUCUUUAUUUCUUGAACAAUUUUUUUCAGAGUAAAACGGCACUUUUCUUGCGGCUAA